UUUUGCCAGCGACGGAUCGCUCUCUGUGUAUAUUUUUGUUUGCUAAUUACAGAUAAUCCGCAGUUGAAAAUGAUUGCCAAGCAGAGAAACAAGUGCCUAUCGCUGCUGCUGGUGAUAUCCCUAACAGGUACGGUCAGUUCUUUGAAGAUCUUGGGCAUGUUUGCCCAUCCGGCAAUCAGCCACUUCAAAUUCUUUCAUCCGAUUAUGCGCGGACUGGCCGAGGCGGGGCACAGUGUGGAUGUGGUGAGUCCCUUUCCGGAUAAGGCACCGCCCGCUGGCUAUACGGAUUAUAAGCUGCCAUCAUCCAAUCUGUCGGAUAUGAUACCAAUGACAGAAUUCGAGCGGCCUUUGCCAUUUCUUUUCCACUACGCAGAGUUCUAUAUGCUCUACGCCGCAGGGAAGGAUGCCUGCAACACCACCCUCCAUAGUGAGGCAUUGGCCACUAUCCUGAAGCAUCCUCCUGGCUACUAUGAUGUCAUCCUGAUGGAAUACUUCAACACGGAUUGCCUGAUGAGUGUGGCGCAUGUGCUGCAGGCGCCAGUGAUUGGCAUGAGCAGCUGUGCCCUGAUGCCUUGGCACUAUGAGCGGAUGGGUGCUCCAUUGAUCCCUUCCUACAUAUCGGCGCUCUUCAUGGGCAAAUCCCAGCAAAUGUCGUUUGCCGGUCGAUUGGGCAACUGGAUCACAGUUCAUUCGAUUAAUUUGCUCUACAAAAUGUUCAGCUAUUCCGCUGCCGAUGCCUUGGUGCGCCAGAAAUUCGGCCCUGGACUGCCAUCCACCCGAGAGAUGGUGCGGAAUACCUCGCUGAUGCUACUCAAUCAGCACUUUUCGCUGAGUGGACCCAAGCCCCUACCGCCGAACAUAAUCGAAGUGGGCGGAGUGCAUCUGCAGCCGGCCAAUCCCUUGCCCGCUGAUCUCCAGCAGCUGCUCGAUAAGGCCACCAAGGGCGUCGUCCUCAUCAGUUGGGGCUCUCAGCUGCGCGCCAGUUCGUUGUCCGAGGCGAAGCGGGAUGCCAUGGUGCGUGCCAUUGCUCGCCUGGAGCAGCUGGUCAUCUGGAAGUGGGAGAACGAGACGCUGCCCAACAAGCCCGAAAAUCUUCACAUCAUGAAGUGGCUGCCACAGCGCGAUCUAUUCGCCCAUCCCAAUGUCAAGUUGUUCCUGUCGCACGGCGGCCUCAUGGGCACCUCGGAGGCGGUGUCCAGCGGCGUACCCAUGGUGGGCAUGCCCAUGUAUGGCGAUCAGUCGCUGAACAUCGAAUCUCUGGUGCAGCGGGGCAUGGCCCUGCGUUUGGACUUCCAUAAGCUCAGCGAGCAGACAAUCUACGAGACGAUUACUAGAGCCUUGGAUCCCGCCUUCAAGGUCAACGCUCUGGCCGUGGCCUCUGCGUACAACAAUCGCGUGCAGCAGCCGCUGGAGACGGCCAUUUGGUGGGUGGAGCAUGUGGCGGAGACCAAAGGCGCACCGCUCGUUCAACCGAGCGCUGUUCAUCUGUCCCGCUUCGUCUACUACUCGCUGGAUGUCUACUUGCUGGUGAUCUCUGUCCUACUUCUGCUGUUCUUUGGCUGCUUAAGAUUACGUCGGAUUUGUAAGCGUCAGGCGGUAACCAAGCUGAAACGCCAGUGAAAUCUUAUCUGCGAGUAGAUUAUAGAUUAUAAAUUGAUUGUGGCAUUACGAUUAUAAAAGACGAACAGUUCACGUUUAA